AUGGCACCGGAAGAACUAGCAGAGUUGAAAAAGCAGAUCGAGGAUUUUCUAGAGAAGAAAUUCAUCAAACCUAGUGCCUCACUGUGGGGAGCUCCGGUGUUACUAGUGAAGAAGAAGGAUGGGAAUCUUAGUCAAACCCGAGGAUGUCCAGAAGACCGCAUUUUGAUCGAGAUAUGGGCAUUACGAAAUAAGGAGGAGCACGCAGAUCAUCUGAGGAUUGUGCUGGAGGUAUUGAGAGAACACCAGUUGUACGACAAACUGUCUAAAUGUGAGUUCUGGUUAGAAGAGGUACAAUUUCUGGGGCAUGUUAUCUCUUCACAAGGCAUUGUAGUGGACCCGAGCAAAAUCGAGACAGUGUUGAAGUUGAAAAGAACUCAGACGGUAGCUGAAGUCAGAAGCUUCUUGGGGCUGGCAGGAUACUACUGUAGGUUUGUAGAGGGGUUCUCUAAAAUGGUGAGUCCUUUAACUUGGCUCACUAGAAAAAACCAACCCCUCUCCUGCGAACAGUUUUUUGAAGAGAUGAAAAGGAGGUUGACAACAACUCCAGUACUAGCUAUUCCAGAUACCAGUAAGAAGUUUGAGGUAUAUUGUGAUGCAUUUUAUCAGGGUUUGGGUUGUGUACUGAUGCAGGAGAAGAGGCCAGUAGCCUAUGCAUCUAGAUAG